GCGGCUCCCCCCCAAUAGCCCCUUUCCCUCAGGCCGGAGCGUGAGCCGAGCCCGGCCGGCUGUGCCGCGCCUAGCCGCCGACGCCACCGAGAAGAUGGUCGUGGCGCUGCGGUACGUGUGGCCUCUCCUCCUCUGCAGUCCCUGCCUGCUCAUCCAGAUCCCCGAGGAAUAUUUCUCAGAUGAAGGGCACCAUGUGAUGGAGCCCCCUGUCAUCACAGAGCAGUCUCCGCGCCGCCUGGUUGUCUUCCCCACAGAUGACAUCAGCCUCAAGUGUGAGGCCAGAGGAAAACCGGAAGUACAGUUCCGCUGGAUGAAGGAUGGCGUCCACUUCAGACCCAGCGAGGAACUGGGUGUGAUGGUGCAUGAGGCGCCCCACUCCGGCUCCUUCACCAUCACGGGCAACAACAGCUUUGCCCAGAGGUUCCAGGGCAUCUAUCGCUGCUUCGCCAGCAAUAAGCUGGGCACCGCCAUGUCCCACGAGAUCCAGCUUAUGGCUGAGGGUGCCCCCAAGUGGCCCAAGGAGAUGGUGAAGCCGGUGGAGGUGGAGGAGAGGGAGUCGGUGGUGCUGCCCUGCAACCCCCCGCCCAGCGCGGAGCCGCUGCGCAUCUACUGGAUGAACAGCAAGAUCCUGCACAUCAAGCAGGACGAGCGGGUGUCAAUGGGCCAGAACGGCAACCUCUACUUCGCCAACGUGCUCAUCUCGGACAGUCACUCGGACUACAUCUGCAACGCCCACUUCCCAGGCACCCGGACUAUCAUUCAGAAGGAGCCCAUUGACCUGCGGGUCAAGGCCACCAACAGCAUGAUUGACAGGAAGCCGCGCCUGCUCUUCCCCACCAACUCCAGCAGCCACCUGGUGGCCUUGCAGGGACAACCACUGGUCCUAGAGUGCAUCGCAGAGGGCUUCCCCACGCCCACCAUCAAGUGGCUGCUUCCCAGUGGCCCCAUGCCGGCUGACCGCGUCACGUACCAGAACCACAACAAGACCCUGCAGCUGCUGAACGUGGGCGAGCAGGACGACGGCGAGUACCACUGUCUGGCUGAGAAUUCACUGGGCACUGCCCGGCACGUUUACUAUGUCACUGUGGAGGCUGCCCCGUACUGGCUGCACAAGCCCCAGAGCCAUCUAUAUGGGCCGGGAGAGACGGCACGCCUGGACUGCCAGGCCCAGGGCCGGCCCCAGCCUGAGGUCACCUGGAGGAUCAACGGCAACCGCAUGGAGGAGCUGGACAAGGACCAGAAGUACCAGACCCACAGGGGUGCCCUCAUCCUGAGCAACGUGCAGCCCAGUGACACCAUGGUGACCCAGUGCGAGGCCCGCAACCGGCACGGGAUCCUGCUGGCCAACGCCUACAUCUAUGUUGUCCAGCUGCCUGCCAAGAUCCUGACGGGUGACAACCAGACGUACAUGGCGGUUGAGGGCAGCACAGCCUACCUGCUGUGCAAAGCCUUUGGAGCGCCCGUCCCCAGUGUGCAGUGGCUGGACGAGGAGGGGACGACGGUGCUUCAGGACGAGCGUUUCUUCCCCUAUGCCAAUGGGACCUUGGCCAUCCGCGAUCUCCAGGCCAACGACACUGGGCGCUACUUUUGCCAGGCUGCUAAUGACCAGAGCAAUGUGACGAUUGUGGCAAACCUGCAGGUUAAAGAAGCAACCCAGCUCACGCAGGGGCCCCGGAAUGCCAUCGAGAAGAAAGGCUCGCGGGUGACAUUCACAUGCCAGGCCUCCUUUGACCCCUCCUUGCAUCCCAGCAUCACCUGGCGUGGGGAUGGGCAAGACCUCAAGGAACGUGGGGACAGCGACAAGUACUUCAUAGAGGACGGGCGCCUGGUCAUCGACAGCCUGGACUACAGUGACCAGGGCAACUAUAGCUGCGUGGCCAGAACCGAGCUGGAUGAGGUGGAGGGCAGGGCCCAGCUCUUGGUGGUGGGGAGCCCUGGGCCGGUGCCUCAUGUGGAGGUGUCCGAGCGCCACCUGCUGAAGCACAGCCAGGUGCACCUGUCGUGGAGCCCUGCCGAGGACCACAAUGCCGCCAUUGAGAAGUAUGACAUUGAAUUUGAAGACAAGGAAAUGGCACCUGGGAAAUGGCACAGCUUGGGCAAGGUGCCAGGGAACCAGACCUCCACCACCCUGAAGCUGUCACCCUAUGUCCGCUACACCUUUCGGGUGACUGCCAUCAACAAGUACGGCCCUGGGGAGCCCAGCCCGCCCUCUGAGACUGUGGUCACGCCCGAGGCAGCCCCAGAGAAGAACCCUGCAGAUGUGAGAGGUGAAGGCAAUGAGACCAAUAACAUGGUCAUCACAUGGAAGCCACUGCGGUGGAUGGACUGGAACGCCCCCCAGGUCCAGUACCGCGUGCAGUGGCGCCCGCAGGGCACACGGGGGCCCUGGCAGGAGCAGACCGUGAGCGACUCCUUCCUGGUGGUGACCAACACAUCCACUUUCGAGCCCUAUGAGAUCAAGGUUCAGGCCGUCAACAGCCAGGGCAAGGGCCCCGAGCCCCAGGUCGCCAUCGGCUACUCUGGGGAGGACUACCCCCAGGCGAGCCCGGAGCUGGAAAAGGUCACGGCCCUCAACUCCACCGCCUCGCUGGUCAGAUGGAAGCCUGUGGCCUUGGCCCAGGUCAAGGGCCACCUCCGGGGAUACAACGUGACGUACCGGUGGGAGGACAGCCAGAGGCUACACAGCAAGAAGCAUGUGCACAGGGGCCAUGUAGUGGUACCUGCCAACAUCACCAGUGUCACCCUUGGUGGCCUGUGGCCCUACAGCUCCUACCGCGUGGAGGUGCGGGCCUUCAAUGGGCGCGGCUCAGGGCCGGCCAGUGAACAGCCCUUCGAGACUCCCGAGGGAGUGCCCGGCCACCCUGAGGCACUGCACCUGGAGUGCCAGUCCGCUACCAGCCUGCGGCUGCACUGGCAGCCACCGCUCAGCCACAACGGUGUGCUCACCGGCUACAUGCUGUCCUACCACCCACUGGAUGCUGGCGGCGAGCAGCAACUGUCCCUCCCCCUCCCCGACCCGGAGAUGCGGACACACAACCUGACCAACCUCAGCCCUGACCUGCGCUACCGCUUCCAGCUGCAGGCCACCACGAGGAAGGGCCCUGGCGAGGCCAUUGUGCGGGAAGGGGGCACCAUGAACCUGUCUGGGAAACCGGACUUUGGCAACAUCUCAGCCAUGGCGGGCGAAAACUAUAGCGUGGUCUCCUGGGUCCCCAAGGAGGGCCAGUGCAACUUUGGCUUCCACAUCUUGUUCAAGCCCCUGGGAGAAGGGAAGAUGGGCAGUGACCUGCGGCCAGAGUACGUCAGCUACAACCAGAGCUCCUACACGCAGUGGAACCUGCAGCCUGACACCUACUAUGAGAUCCGCCUGCUGAAGGAGCACACGCUGCUGGGCCAGACCAACGUGAAGACCAACGGCACUGGCCGUGUGCGCCUCCCCCCCGCCGGCUUCGCCACCGAGGGCUGGUUCAUUGGCUUCGUGUGUGCCAUCAUCCUCCUGCUGCUGGUGCUGCUCAUCCUCUGCUUCAUCAAGCGCAGCAAAGGUGGCAAGUACUCAGUGAAGGACAAGGAGGACACCCAGGUGGACUCCGAGGCGCGGCCGAUGAAGGAUGAGACCUUUGGCGAGUACAGGUCCCUGGAGAGUGACAACGAGGAGAAGGCCUUUGGCAGCAGCCAGCCGUCUCUCAACGGGGACAUCAAACCCCUGGGCAGUGAUGACAGCCUGGCUGACUAUGGAGGCAGCGUGGACGUCCAGUUCAACGAGGACGGCUCCUUCAUCGGCCAGUACAGCGGCAAGAAGGAGAAGGAGGCGGCAGGGGGCAACGACAGCUCUGGGGCCACUUCCCCCAUCAACCCCGCGGUGGCCCUCGAGUAGUGCGGUGCAGCCAGUGAGGAGGACAGGAGUUCACUGCCCCUACUCCCCUCUUACUACCCGGUCCCCACUCUAUUGCCAAAACCCAGCUGCACCCCUUCCUGGGCACACGCUACUUUGCCCCGGCUGGGGGGGCAGAUCACCCACAAGCCAGGGACCUCCGGGUGCUGCCUUGCCAGGGGAGGCGUGGUGGGGUCUCCUCAGAACCGGGGCUUGUACCUCCUCCUUUCCCAGCCACUCCCUGGCCAGACUGGCUGGGGGCGGGACUCCGUGUCCCCACCAUCUGCUCCAUUUUCUUUGCCAUCUCUGCUCUGACUGGAACGGGAGCCGGGCAGGCUGGCCCCAGGUACAGGGACGGCCAUCUGGAGAGGCCUGAGUUCUUGUCCCCAAUAGCACACUGGGGCCGUGGCCGGCUUCCAGGAGCUCCACACACGCGCUGCCUUUGUACCCACCAGACAACAUCCAAGUGGCCUCUGUCACUGCCGGGGGCGGGCACCUCCUCCCACUGCCCCCCGCCAGCUUCCUGAAGCUGCCACCCCGCCCCGGACUCUCAGCAGCCCUGCCCAGUCCAGUUCCUGUCCCCGGCCCCCAGGAAUGUAAAUACACCGUGAUUUUGAGAGUUUGUACCCUCGCCCUUUCCCCAAAUGCCACUAGUGUGUAGGCAGAUGUCUGAGUCUCUAGGUGGUUUCUAGGUUUUAUAGCGAUUAGCUUUGAUGAUCCCAUCCCAGGAAACAUAAAAACAUGUGCAAAAAGACAAAAAAAAAGGGGGAAAUUGGUUCUUGCAGCACUGCUGUGCCCGCCCAGCAGCUCCAGCUCCAGUGCACCUCUGCUUGGCCUGCCGACGAGCCAUCUACGUACGAAAACAAAAGUAUAUAUAUAUGUACAUAAAUAUCAGAAUUAUAACAGGCAAAUAAAAACCUGGAAAUGAG